AAGGAGCGCGCCCGACGACUGCGGCUUCGCGGACACAUUGCGCGUGCGCCGGGGCCGUUUUUCGCGCAUUGUGGGAUAGCUGGCUUGACCCGCAUAAUUAGUCCUCGCGAAAUCGGCCGUUUCGUGGGGGCCGGGAAAACGAAGUAAUUCGGUCUUUGCCGAUCUCGGUUGAGGCCGCGGGGAGCCGCGCAGCGGACGACGAGCCGGCCGUCGGUAUGCGCGGAUCACGGCGCUACGAGGGCCACUGAGCCCCUGCGGCAAGAACCCCACCGGCGCAGAGAAGUACCCCGACCGAGGAGAGCUCCGGAGAGAGAGCGAGUACCCCGCAGACAUGCCAAGCUUCACGGGCACCGUCAAGCUGAAGAUAUGCGAAGCCGUGGAACUCAAGCCGACAGACUUGACCACACGGCACGCGAAUGUGGUCGGCUCGAAGCCUCAACUGAUGCUGAUAGACCCGUACGUGUCCAUCAAUGUCGAUGAUAUCCUCAUCAGCCGAUCCAGCACCAAGCAGCGGACCUUCAAGCCCGUCUGGAACGAGUACUUCACGGCCGAGGUGCACGGCGCCCAGAACCUGGGGUUCACCGUGUUCCACGCGGCGCUGCCUUCGGACGACUUUGUCGCCAACUGCAGCGUCUCUUUCGACGAGCUGGUCAACUCGGCCAAGGAGCAAGGCAGCAACGAGAACGACAUUUGGAUUGACCUCGAACCCGGAGGCAAGAUCCAUGUGGUCAUUGAACUUAUCUCAGCGGAGAAUGUGGUGGCGGAGAAGCCGCGCGAGUUCAAGCAGCGGCAGGGCCUCAACCGGCGCCGUGGGGCCAUGCGGCGUCGGGUGCACCAGGUCAAUGGCCACAAGUUCAUGGCCACCAUCCUGAGACAACCCACCUUCUGCUCUCACUGCCGCGAGUUCAUCUGGGGCCUAGGGAAGCAAGGGUACCAAUGUCAAGUUUGCACGUGUGUAGUCCACAAGCGAUGCCACGAGUUCGUGGUUACCAAAUGCCCCGGCAUGAAAGACAGCACCAACGACGAGCUGGCAGCGGGCAGCCGGUUCAACAUCAACAUCCCACAUCGGUUCGUCGUCCACAACUACAAACGGCCAACCUUCUGCGACCACUGUGGUUCCAUGCUGUAUGGCCUGUUUCGACAGGGACUCCAGUGUGAAGCAUGCAACAUGAAUGUACACAAGCGCUGCCAGAAGAAUGUCGCCAACAACUGCGGCAUCAAUCCGAAGCAAAUGGCCGAGAUCCUCAGCGCCAUGGGUAUCUCCGGCGACAAACUUACCAAACGCAAAAAGAAACAAGGAAUAUCCCUCACCCAAGAGAUAUAUAACCAGCAGACCUCCAUCAGUGAAUCUCCCAACAAGUUGACGCAGUCCGUGUCGGAAAGAUCACACACAUCGCCCCUGCCAGCCACUGCGGAUGAGGAGAAGGGUGUACCAGGCAUGAGCUUUGGGGCGUACGACAUGCUGGCACUGACCGACUCGUACGGCCAGCUGUCGCUUCAAGUGCCAGACACGGGCGGCGAGCCUGUCGAGAAAUUCUCUCCCACACCGAGCAGCCGCGACAGCCGGCGGCCGCGCAAGUUUGGGUUGGAGGACUUCCUCUUCAUCAAGGUGCUCGGAAAGGGCAGCUUCGGAAAGGUCAUGCUAGCCGAACGCAAAGGCACAGAAGAAGUGUAUGCCGUGAAAGUGCUCAAGAAGGAUGUCAUCCUGCAAGACGACGACGUUGACUGCACCAUGACGGAGAAGCGCAUACUGACGCUGUCCGCCAAGCACCCGUUCCUCACAGCCCUCCACUGCUGCUUUCAGACCGAGGAUCGGUUGUUCUUCGUCAUGGAGUACGUCAACGGCGGUGACCUGAUGUUCCAGAUUCAGAAGGCGAGGAAGUUUGACGAGCCGCGAGCACGAUUCUAUGCAGCCGAGGUGACGCUAGCCCUCAUGUUUCUACAUCAGUACGGAGUCAUUUAUAGGGAUUUGAAACUAGACAACAUUCUCUUAGACACUGACGGUCACUGCAAGAUAGCAGACUUUGGCAUGUGCAAGGAAGGCAUCAAGGAUGGCGUCACGACGACCACCUUUUGUGGUACACCGGACUACAUCGCUCCAGAGAUCCUGCAAGAGUUGGAGUACGGCCCAUCGGUGGACUGGUGGGCACUAGGUGUGCUCAUGUACGAAAUGAUGGCGGGCCAGCCGCCUUUUGAGGCGGACAACGAGGACGACCUCUUUGAGUCGAUCCUGCACGACGACGUCCUCUACCCGGUCUGGUUAAGCAAGGAGGCCGUUUCCAUACUCAAAGGGUUCAUGACCAAGAAUCCUGCCAAGCGGUUGGGCUGCGUGGAGUCGCAAGGUGGGGAGCAGGCCAUUCUGAGCCACGCCUUCUUCAAGGACAUUGACUGGGAAGCCUUGGAGGCCCGCAAAGUCAAGCCGCCCUUCAAGCCCAAGAUUAAAACCAAGCGUGACGUGAACAACUUCGACCAAGACUUCACCAAGGAAGAGCCAGUGCUGACACCGGUCAACCCCGAAGUGUUGCGCAACAUCAACCAAGAGGAGUUCAAGGGCUUCUCCUUCGUCAACGAGGACUUCAAUCCGGCCAGGUUUGCGGGCGAGGGCGGGCCCGCGACAUAGUGCCUCCUCCGCACACGACGGGCCGCCCCUUCUAGUCACGCUCCGCGCGCACACACCAUCCACCAUCACUCCGUUCCUUUUCCCGCCUUCCCUCUGGCGGCUGCAGUGCCUGGCUGGCCCAUUCGACCUUUUUUCCCCGACACUCUUUUCCUGAUUUCUGUACCCCUGUUACUUCUAAUUGUCAACGGGACGGUUUCCCCGUAUGCCACGCUCCGGGCUGCGCCCUUUGGAAGUGCAAUGCUGUAGAGGCACCUUCGCUGCCAUAGCGCGCGGACUCCAGCUUCGCGCGGCGUUCCUUUUCCGCGCAGCAACCAUGACGUCUCAACGGGCCUCGCUUCGAUGGUAGUGGCCUCCAGGCGGGGUUGUGACAGGCAAUUCGCAGACCCUGCCCCCGUUGGCAUUUCCACGAAGACGAGUCGGUAGUCGAGAGACCUGUCGACGCACUGCCGAAAUCUCGCCGUGUCUCGCGGUGGCGUAUUAUCGUUCUUUCGUUUGAAACCACGGUGGCGCUUUUCGAACUACUCUCCCUGCCACCCUUCCAAGCUCAGAAUGUUGCGUGAGCGAGGGGAUCGCUGGGCAAGUUGUCCGUGCCGUAGUCGGAAGCGAGCGACAGGUGGGAAAGCAGGCGCCCAGGCACCCAUUUCUAGUCUAGUACAGAGCCGAUCUUGUUUAGUGCCAUGUGCCCUGGGCUGCUGCAACUGGCCUAGCCCCAAGGGCUGUCCUCUUUUACAAAUUUCUUUUUGUCUUUUUAGUUUUCAUUGCAAGGAUUCUUCAUUGCUUUGCUUGCCAUCUGAAAGUUUCAUCUUCUCCAUCCUCCACAACAUCAUUUUCUAUUUUGAGCGAAUAGUUCUGUCAUCGACUCAGCGUCACCUACAGCUAUUGUGUUUCAGGCAAAAGCAUUUCUUGUAGGCGGCCAUGUUCCUGAGAGAGACGUCGUAUUUACUGUUCGUUAAUUAGACAUCUUACCGCGUGCAUUUUUUAGGUUUUUAUUCUCACCGUCUAUUCGUUCCUCACAGCACUACAGUGUCGACAUUCUGUCCCCACCGUUUUACUUCCAAGUCACUCCAUCGAACCUUUUAUUACUUGUUUCUUUGCUGUGUUCAUGACGCGUAGUAUUUAUUUAUUUAUUCUCUACAACUUCCACGGACCUUAGAAAGGAGGGGCAAUCUCACUAGCUGUGCACGUUUUUUUCUGUAAGCAAAGGUCAGAAGUUCUUGUUUGUUUCGUCCAUUUGUUUUGUUUAAUUUCAUCCAUCAAUCAUUCAACACAUUCUGGGCACUGUUGCCAGGCUAAUCUUGCACAUCAGUCAAGGCCAACAUCCACUAUUUCCCGGAGCCAUAAAAUAUCACAGCUAAUUGCCAACACGACCCAGGCUGUCUUGGCAAGAGUGUGUCUGUCAAUGUGGAAUUGGCUGUGAGGGAACAGAGACCAGCCACCUUUGCCAUUUCUCGGCGCACUUUUGGGGUUGCACCGAGCGACUGAGCUUUUCGUUAAUUUAUAUUUCCUUAGGCUUCUCGUGGAAGCUGCACCUUUGCCAUUUGGCCUCAGUUUGGUUGUGCUGAUGAGCACUCGUCAAAUACGUGUCGUCCGCUUGUUGGCUUACGCUACACUUUGAGAAUUGUGCUUUGCUAGUUUUACCGAGAAGUCUCGAAUCUUUGCAGUUGGUCUUAGAGUAGCGAGUAAGGUAAUCAUAGGCCAGCGAAUACCUGUGUUGUGGGUAUAAAUGGCUGUAAGUUUAAAGGCAAAAGCGAGACAUCCUAGGUAUGUAAGGAACACCGUUGAUUCCCUGCCCCUAAGACGCACACAUUGUGUGAUGAUGCAGUGCUGCGGAUGCCAGUAGGCAACCCACCAACACAAAGUAAAAUGGAAAUUGCCAUCCCCCCUGUUUAGAAGUGUCCCAUCCUCUAGUUUGCUUAGAAGUCUGUGCGUCUGGAAUGAUUGGCUAGCUAUCAUGCACGAGUAAUUAAGCGAUAGGCUUGUCGGGCAACAUUACUAGUCAGCUUAGACUGGGGCUAUUGGCUUGUGAAAUAACUGUUACGUAUAGCCCGGUUUCAACAAUGAGCGAGCAGUGAGCUGUACUGCUUUGCAUCCUGCUUGCGUGCCACACCAAAGAACGAAAAGGUGCUUGUGCCUUUGUAACGAGUGGCCCACCGGUCCCACCGGUCUGCCUGUCCCACCAGUCUGCCGGUCCAGCGGUGGGUGCUGCGCACGAGAACCUCCCAAAGACCGAGGUGACCUUCAGCUCGAUCCUAGCUAGAAGUAGGUAGCACCACAGCGGCGUCAGUGCAUUUAGAUGACGGUUCGAGGCCUGCAGUUAGUAUUUGCAGCAUCGUAACGCAAAGCCCGCACAAGGGUGGUCUCGGCCGAUGGCCUCGGCGUAGUUGUGAUUGCAAACCCAUCAGUGCAGUGCUUGUGUGUCAGUCGUUUAACUUUGAUUCUUUCGUGACUUGAGGGCCUCUCACGAUGUUGUGUUUCACGUUACAUUCUAAUCUCUUUCGUGUUUUAUUCCGUUCAGUUUUUGUUUCCGUUUUCUCCUUAUCCCACGUAGAUCAUUGACUUACGCAUCAGUAUUUAUUAUUUGUUGUCACCUGUUCAGCCAUACAUGCCCUGCGGCUUUACAUUUCAGCCUCUUUGUACCGGCAAGUGUGUUGUUGCCGUGUAGUGGAACAGCUCGUGCGUUUUGCACUGUCCAAAGAUUUCGUCUUGCCCCUCUGGCAUGUUCGUGCUAUGCCAUAGAGCGCGGAGGAAUAGUGCUUCGUUUAAUUAUUAGUUUGACUAAUUACUGUGCAGACUCAGUGCAUUGCGCAUUUCUGGUACUGAAUUAUUUCUUAUUUCCUCCCAUGCCCUAGAAUACGUGGCAGACCAACCUUCACACCCCGUAUCUGAAAAGCAGAUGGCCGAUCCAGGUUUGCUACAACCGUCUGUGUGGCAUAUGUCCGUGUACUGUAUUUCCGUGAGCGGAUCAACUUGCAUGUCUGCAGACAGAUAGAUGAAAGUACCGUGAGACUUUUUUGAAAAGUAACCAAAGUUUCCUUUGCAAUUGACGCUCGGAAUGCAGAUGCGCUUCUAGCCACCUCCGUAUUUUGUCAAAGAGGUUGACGAUCACUUCUGGAGAAACGGCGCGUCGUUUGCGAGGUAAUAUUGCAGGGUCGAAGUAAAUACGUGCUCGUUAUGCCUUUUGUCGUAAAAAGAGAAACUUGUGAGGCGCAUGUGUUCUCGACGUGUGCGUCACAAUGCCUGCGUUGAAUGGUUACGGCUACCGAGCAGCUAUCGCAUUGCACUUGGCCCACUUACAAGAUUGGCUAGGGUGCAGUAUCCAUCUCUGAGAGUCAGUCGUGUUGCGGCCUAGAUAUGUGGUCUCAAAUCUGGACGUUCACUGCGUAGCUUGUGGGCACGAGCGCAGAGAGUGUUCCUUAGGUCAUGGCUGUAUGCUUGGGACGUGCAAAAACUUAGCUUUUGUCACGAUUUCAAUUUUUCUGUAAACUGCUGCAAGCAUUUGUACUUGCGGUUCCUAUUUUGUCGACCCUUUCUUUAGUUCAUGAGCUGUGGAGGUUGUUGGUUACUGUCUAGCUGUUUAAACCGCCAUCUUGAUUUGAUUCCUAGUGUGUCAAUUAUCAAACUUUAUAAGACUGCAAUGAGGAAUACGGGUCUGUCUCCUGCCUAUCACCUAUCGAUUCUGCACGCCUUUUACUUAGCCGUGAAAAUUGUUUCAAGCUUUUCCUGUCUUAUCUGAAGGAUGAAUUAACGCAAGGUGAAUGUUUCUGCUUGGCUGUAAUGUUUAGUUGCAUUCAUUUGACGUACAGUUCAGCUUGCAAGGCGUACAAUGCACCAUCAAUUGGCCUCAUGUGUGUACCACUAUAAAACCAGUGGUCUUAAUCGCUUGCAUAGCUGCAGCCACUUGUGCAAAUAUUAGUUCACUGAUUCAUCUGGAUCGGUUUUUAGUACAGUGCUGCUUUGGUGUUGGUUAACUGCUUCGUAUUUGCGUUGAAGUCAUGAUCGUUUGUUUGAGUCUUUUUGACAGUGGUUUCCCUGCGACUCUAGGUGUUCGUGCUAUGUCACCACGGUAGCUCCUCGAUUCCAACUCUUUGCGCAGUAGUCAUCGUGUAUACGUGUAUCGGUACACCGUUUGUCAUUGUUUGUUCCAGUAUCGAGGAAAUUGUAAAUUACGAUGGUUGAGCUUCUUCUUUUUGUUGCAAGUUUUUGUCUUUUUUUUUUUUGGUAUAAAAGAAGACUGCCGUUUCACAUAGCGAAAUACUCACGUGCACACAUCACAGAGUGCAUCAGACAGUGCCAACAACUGUUUGGUGCACGAUGCGUGCACAUGUACAUAAUGUAAAUGCGAGUUGUUUUUUGGACAAGGCAUCGCUGUGACUUUUCUCUAUGCCUGCUUUUGUCUGCCUUGUUUUCUUUGUGUGCAUUAUCUUUAUUUUUAUUUUCUUUGCAUGUGUGCAAUUUGGGCAGACUGAGAACAUAUGUAAACUGAGCAAUGUGUUUUGCCAUGGUGUGGAUCGUGAAUGUAAAUGUUGUACAAGGCUUGCUACUUUUGUCAACUUUGGGGAAAACGGGAAUUGUGGGCCGACGCUUCUUGUGACUCACGCUGGCUUACGGAUUGACUUUUCUUUUUUGUAGUUGUUACAAAUGCAGCUAAAAUUGAUUGCGGUUGCGGUGUCGAGCAUGCGACAGAACGGUGACAACGUUGAGGCGUGUGCUUCAUGCUCGGCACUUGCAGAGCACACAUGCUUUUGUAAGAAAUGCCUGUUUUGUCUCCAUCCAAGUGCAGUGUUGCACUGCGCAAUGUUUGCUUUGUAAUGUUCCUUUUGUCACGAGAUUGAAGUGCGAAGAGAUGUUUUGCAAUGCAACUCUGUGGCGAUAAGAGUUAUUGUUCGGCGAAUACUGUGCGUGUGAAGGUGUUUUUAUGCUAUAAAUCAUGGUCCCUUUGUGUUCCUCCUUGAUGUUUCAGUGUGCAUGAGCUUACCUGCAGAUGUAAUGCAAAAUGCUCGCCCAGUAUUUUUUUCUUCCCUAUUAUCAUACCAGCAAGUUCAUAUGUACAAUGCUUGCUCUAAUUUUGUAGAGCGUAAUUAGCCGAGGCUUGCUUCCGGGUCUGGUUGCAUCUGGACACUUGCUUUUAACCAAUUCUAUCUGAAUUUAUUUUCAAAGGUGUCCAUUCUACAGAGAUGCUCUGCGGCAUUCGUCAUCACUUACCUGAACCCCACAGGUUCGGGGUAAAAUGUUUCUGCAUAUUUUUGAUGUUCUCCGUAAUACAUUUUUUUGUACAAUCUUCGUCAGAAACGGAGAUGCCACUGUGCAGUACGCGUACACUGAUCACUGAUUGAGAUGCGACAAUUUAGGGCUAAGUAAUGCACGCACUUUCGUUUUCACCGUCUUCAGUUCGUUUCAUAUUGACGUAAUUUCGACUCAAACACUUACAUUCAAGCCAACGUAACCUUUAGUAGUGAGAUUCGUAGCGACAUGAUGCAGUUAUUUCCUGAAGUUGCACGUACCUACCAGAAGUUUCCAUGUAGCGUUUCAAUCCAUGCGGACUGUAAAGUUACCUCUGCAUCUAUUGUCACAACGUUCAAAACAUUAUUUCAAAGUCGCCUAUUGUUCAUUGGGACUCCGAGCUCAUGAAGGGCAUGCAUUCUGCAGUUCACUUUGUAUGACGGCAGAUUUUAUCAAUAUUGCACACAACUAUGAUGCCCAAGAGAGUGAAUUCAGCCAGCAAUUUGGACAGUUGAUGUCACUUAAACAUUUUAUUUCAUGCAAUACUGUUCAUGAAAAGGGUAUGUAAAGCUUGUCUGACCGAAGCUGUGCCAUAGACAGUGGACGUUUUUUUCUUUUUCCAUUGGACAGAUCGAGAAAUAGCGUUGGCAACUUCAUAGGUGAAGUCACUGAGCUACAACCCAAAAUCCCCUCCCUUCUUUCUUUGAGAAGUAGCUAAGGCGUAAUGAUUACUUGCACAAUUAAUUUUUUAUUUGAGAUGUUUUAAUAAUUAUACUUAGCUUUAACUUGAAUGUGGAUAGAGAAGACAACCGGCAAUUUUCUAAAACAGCAUCAGGUCGCCUGGCUUGCCCAGAGGUGCAGCUUUUGCACACUCAAAUACACCAAUAAUAUCUUUUAUGUAGCUUUAGAAUAAGUGACAGAGGUGUGUAAAUCACCCCCAGGAUCAAAUGGGGGUGGGGAACUCGGCAAAUUCCGUGAGAAAUUUUACCAGGGCAAUUUGCUAGCUAUUUACAUUACCAAAGAGCUUAGUAAAGAACUCGGCUAAUCUGCAGAAAGGCAAACUUGGCAACAUUCUUGCCAAGUAACCAACACUGCUAAGAAACUUAUGCUAAGAAUUCAAUACCGCAACUUGUUCUCCAGAAUGAAGCGGCUGUUCUAGGAUUUGAGCUCCAGUGAGCAAGGGGCAGACUUCAAAAAAAGAUUUUUGUGCCGUCAGCAUAAGUGUUUAGAUCGCUGAAGUGACGUUCCUACAGCAUUCUCGGUGUCUUGUGGAUCCAUGGAGCCACAACAGGGGUAUGGAGACAGUUGAAACUUCUGAAAAAUUGGUCAAAUUAUGCCUAGUUUGAUUCUGCUCUUGAAUCGAAUAGUCUAAUGGGAAAUAAGGAUAUAUUCACUGUAAUCUUAGGAUACAGUGGUGCUUCGACGAAUGGACAUUUUGCAGAGCAAACCAGACUCUCUCGUAAUGGCAAAAUGUUCAAUGGCAAAACAUGACCUGCAGCGCAUACCCACCUAUGGAAUGAAUUGAGUUCAUUUUUCAAGGCACCACUUGAUUUGAGAUUCUGAACUAUGCACACCAAGCAUACAAUUGCAACAAAAAUGCAAUAAAUUUCAUCCAAGUGGCUAUAGUAGACAUAAAAACGCGAGUAGUUCCAUAAUGUAACAUGCUCCGUCGCUCUGGAGCAGAACUUUGUCGGCAGAGCCGUUGUAAUCCACUCACCAAUGAGUCCGAAUUCUGCGAACAAAGGACUUACUGGCCCAUAAUUCUCAUUUUUUAGUUUCAAUAAACAAUGCUUCACUAGGAGCAGUGCAGUGACAGAAGCAUCCUGAUGCGUCAUGAACGUACUAGGAUGCGAAGAUUGUUGGGAGCCUGUUGCUCUCUUGAGAGACGUAGCCCCCACUCGAACCAUUGAGCUUUGAGGCACCUCGACUUGUAGCUCUUCAGUCAGAACAAUCUGAAACUUGCGACAUGCCUCUGUUUUUUAAUGCAAGCAUGCGAAUUAUCAAAACGCAUACAACAGGCACUUGCCGAAUGUUGCGGAACUUGUAGGCAAGAAAGACGGCUACGAUUCCACAGUGCCUGCAAAAAGUGCAACUCUCCCGAAGGUAGCAUGACAACAGAAAAAAAUUAAUUUAAAAAAAAGAUGUAAGCAUCAUCAAAUACCAGAAUUUUUAGAUAUACACUCAAGCCUUGGUAUAGCGAAUAUAGAUACAAUGAAUUAUCGUUUUUAACGAAGUAAAUUAAAACUAUUCAUUUUAUUGCGAAUGUAUGUUUAUAUCGAAUAUACUUUUGUCAGAUGCAACUUCUUUAUAAGGUUUGACUGUAGCGCUCUGUGUGUCACUAGUCCUAAUACGUAAUACUUAAUAAAACAAAGUUUCCAACGGAUGGUCAUUUACGUCUGGAUUUGAAACUUGAGCACUUUUCUUGGCAACCAAAAAUGAGGAUGCACCAAAGAAGAUUCACUUUGUUGCUUAAAACUCAGACAUCAAGCAACCGUAUCCCCGCAGUUCGGCUUUCUGUGACUCCUGUAGUUCAAAGUGGAGUUCUACAGCGGGUGUGACUGAAGGUCCUUGCUGCGAAUGCUGUAGGAACGCCACAUUGCAUCUGGCGACGGCUCUAGUCACCUGCACCGUGGUGCACUCUAAUUGUGGUUGUCUAUGUGUACAACUCGUGUUGCUCUAUGAGAAGUUGAGGAUAGUGAUGCAUCGGUGAGGAAGUCAAACGAAGAUACGAAACAAACUUCUUGCACAUAAACUCGGCUGUACCCAGUGUCCUCAGAACAACAUUGAUGCCUAAUCUUUUUGUUUGUUAGUUGAACACCAGUGACAAGUCUUCAGCUACAGUGAUGCAGUGGUUUAUGUAGUGUAUAUUGUGUGUGUUUUUUUGCUUCUAGUGAAUGGCAAACAGCUUUACCUAAAGAACACUUCUCUGUAGCAUAGCAUGGGUGCAUUCCGAGAGUUAGCACCUUGUAAAAAGUGUACAGGAUGGUUGCUACAAUUGGGCACGUCUUUAGUUUAUACCCACUCGUGCGGAUUUCUUUCGCUUCGCCAUGGUACUUACUUUAUUCCACGUGGCCAUUUUUGUUUUAUGCAGUGUUGCUUAUGGAACUCUUUUUCCAUGCUUAGUUUUACUAUUCUCUCUCAAAACCAUUUCAAGCGAACGACUUUGUGAGCAGCAGUGUUGCUUUCAGUCAGUGCAGGGUAGUCGUCAGUCUUCAACGCAGAAGCGUGUGCAUGCAUUUGUCGUAGGGGAAGGUACCAAGCAGUGACCUAGUCCCUCUGCGACACACCCCCUGUUUUACCCUCCAGCCAAAGAUCUAAUUUGAGCGCUGGUGGAGAUGGCAUGUCUGAAGCUUGUCAAAAGCGUAUCUUCGUUACUAGGCGCUGUAUUCCCUCCCCACCACCGUAUGCACAAAAACUGGGUGUGGCAACGAAUCACAGGCAGCCAGCCAUCUUCACGGGCUGUCUCCAGCUUCGCGUUAUCCCAGCCACACGGCCUCAGCUCUUGGCAGGUCCCACGGUCUCAGCCCGAGAUAAAAGUCCCGAAUUUUACUCCCAUGCCACCAUGGCUUUUUUCUUUUGUUUUUAAAAAGGAGGUAGUGGUGCAGCGUGGCUGUCCCAGAGAGCACCGAAUGCCGUCGGCUCUGGAUGCAACAGGAGGGGGUCGUUUUGAAGCGCCCCUUCUUUUUCCCGUCAGACAGGUGACAUAGCACCAUAUAGGCACGCUGUUCUUCGUUCUCUCUCGCAAUGUGUGGGGUGUGCGUGUUUGUAUAGAAAAAAAAAAAAACAAGAUGCAGCAGCUUAGAAGCAAAUGCACCUUUAGAUCUGCACAAUCAACUCGUUGGUUACCUAGAUUUCCCCAGAGCGUAAAAAGCAGCAGCAGUGUAGAAGUAAAUGUGGCAGCACCUCCUUACACCUUGUUCAAACCCGUGAUGCAGUGGAGCCAGUUUGUUCUCCCCAACCCCGACGACACCGGGAUGCCGAGAGAACUCUCGCGUGCGCUCGUUUAAUUGCCAGGCGUGGCUAGCGCGUCAUCUCCAGCCUUCUGUUUCAUUUUUACUUAGUCGUCGUUCCAUAACGGGAUCUCAGUGUCGUGCAGAGCUUUCGAAUGGGACGCAUGCUAGUCGACAAGAGAUGCCCGCAGCUCGCCCUGGCACUGUAACUGGCAUGGUGUGUGUGGUCGUUGUUGUCUCCUUCUGUGACGAAACUGAGCGAGUUUUCACCGCCGAUCCGUGUUUGUGCCGUGCAGGGUUUGGUGGCCGGGCUUUGAUGCCCACAUGCCUGCUUCACGCGUAAGUGUUCACAUUUAGACACCGCCCCCCUCCGUUUAGGAGAGGUGGAACCGGAAGACGUGCCCUCGUUUGGACGGUUCGGAAAGAGGGAGACUUUUUUCCCAACUCUUGCGGCGGUCUGUGCGGGCACAGGAGAUGCAAUUUUUUGUCACGGCGGUUCGCGUGACGACUCCUGCACGCGACAUCAUCCUGCCUCCCGAGGAGCCAUUGGAAGCAGAGCAAUGGCCUCUCAGUAGUUUUCAGACAAAGCGAUGUAGCGGCAGAGUAAGCGAUUUGUCUAGGCACACUCCACUUACACACGAACACACACACACAAAACGUGUUGGCCACACCUGUGUGUGCUGGUCAUCAUCACAGUGAAGACUUUAGGAUGGGGGAAAAGUGCAAAAGGAUGUUAUAAAUAUAUACAUAAGGUUACUCACACAAUAUAUGUAUAUAAAAUAAAGAUAUUGACAACAAGAUUGGUGUGAAGUAGAAGCAUUUGUAAA